UUAUAAAUUAGCACAAAGUUUCCGAAAAAAGAACAGCAAAAGGUUGGGUAAGGGGUUGAUUUACUCCAAAGCUCCGUGGCUCUGUAGUUUUUGAUCGCGGGCGGCUGGUGCGAAUUCGACGGCAAAACCAACAUGAAUGAUGAAAGUUAUCUCUUUUAACAUGAAUAUGGCGUAUAUAAUGGCACAAAUGCCACAAACAGGUAAUUUAGAUUCCAGGGGAUUAGUAAUUCCACAAGCUCCGGACUUAUCACGCAGGACUGAAAUUCGACAGCAAACGCAUCGAAGUCGGCGACGUUUAGGUUAUCGGAACCACUACAAUUCGAUGUUAAAUGAUUUACUGUUCGAAGUACUAAGCUAUAAUCAAGCUGGCUCCAGACACGAUUCAUCUAACAGUCGAAUGGGGAAUCCCCUACCGUCUCCACAAGUGGCUCAAGCAAACCCGACUGCUCAAGUAAAUGAAACGACUUCAACCUUUAGCGAUCUCAACGUUAUAAGAACAAGUUCGAGCACCGCGAUUAGACGAACUGAUCUGAAUAUGAAGUGUUCCAUAUGUUUGGAUUCUUACUUGGAACCCACCUCAACCUUAUGUGGUCACGUUUUCUGUAAAGAGUGUAUAAAUGCAUCAAUCGCCUGUCACCAGAAAUGUCCUUUAUGCAAUACAGAAUUAAUGUAUCAAUCAGUACAUGCUUUGUAUAUUUAAACAUAUGUAUCGGAUACUUGUAUAGAAUGUCUUUUUUGAAAAUUUAAGCCAAAAAUCAAUAUUUUAGUCUGUUUUGUGUCUUUAGACUGUAAAAAAA